UCUCUCUCUUCUCCUUUUUCUCUCCCUCUCUCUCCUUCUCUUCUUCUCUCCCCCCUCUCCCCUUCACGUUGCCUUGGUUUUUCUUUUUCCCCUCUCUGUGAGGCUAGGGGACGUUUCACUGGAGACAGCAGGCGGUGUGUGCCCCAGAGAGAAAGAAACAGGCGCUGCCAGAGGAAGAAGCCGCAUGGAAGAAAGGUCCUCAGCUGCCAGGAGCCCAGCAAGCCAGUGCUGCCGCUUGUAAAGCCGGGAGCGCAGUGCCUUCUGCCGGCCCCAUCCCCUUGUGGGAGCAGGUCCGGACAGCAGUCCCCGUCCUUGCCAGGUCUUCUGCUGCAGUACCUGGUGGAGACAGGAACUGAGCCAGAGGAGAGCAUGGAAAUGCUGCUGUCCACCCCACACAGCAUUGAGAUCAAUAACAUCACCUGUGACUCCUUUCGCAUCUCCUGGGCCAUGGAGGGCAGUGACCUAGAGAGGGUCACACAUUACUUCAUUGACCUCAACAAGAAGGAGAAUAAGAACUCCAACAAAUUCAAGCAUAGGGAUGUGCCCACAAAACUGGUGGCAAAGGCAGUGCCUCUGCCCAUGACCGUGAGAGGCCACUGGUUCCUGAGCCCCCGCACAGAGUACAGUGUAGCUGUGCAAACUGCGGUGAAGCAAAGUGAUGGAGAAUAUCUGGUGUCUGGAUGGAGCGAGACCGUUGAGUUCUGCACCGGAGAUUAUGCCAAAGAGCACUUGGCUCAGCUGCAAGAGAAGGCAGAACAGAUAGCCGGCCGUAUGCUCCGAUUCUCUGUCUUCUACCGGAACCAGCACAAGGAGUACUUCCAGCACGCCAGGACUCACUGUGGGAACAUGCUUCAGCCUUACCUGAAGGACAACAGCGGCAGCCACGGCUCUCCCACCAGUGGGAUGCUCCACGGCGUCUUCUUCAGCUGCAACACGGAAUUCAACACAGGCCAGCCCCCUCAGGACUCCCCGUACGGCCGCUGGCGCUUCCAGAUCCCGGCCCAGCGCCUCUUCAACCCCAGCACCAACCUCUACUUUGCGGACUUCUACUGUAUGUACACAGCCUACCACUACGCCAUUCUGGUCUUGGCCCCCAAGGGCUCCCAGGGUGACCGGUUCUGCCGGGACCGCCUCCCCCUCCUGGACAUUGCCUGUAACAAAUUCCUGACCUGCAGUGUGGAGGACGGGGAGCUGAUCUUCCGCCACGCCCAGGACCUCAUCCUGGAGCUCAUCUACACCGAGCCCGUCGACCUGUCGCUCGGCACUCUGGGAGAGAUCAGUGGACACCAGCUGAUGAGCCUUUCCACUGCCGACGCCAAGAAGGACCCCAGCUGCAAGACCUGCAAUAUCAGUGUGGGCCGCUAGGGACUCCCGGGGCUGGGGGAGGGGCGUGGGGGAUCCAGGUGGAGAGGACAAGGGAGAAGUGGGAGGGAACACUUGGCCUUGGCCCAGGGAGCUGGGCUUCUCUCUUGUCUCCUCCUGACUCCCAUCCCAGGCUACGCCGCCUCCCACCUCUCUCCCAGCACUAGUGGGUCAGUGGGAGCCUGGGUGAGCGCAGCCCCUUUUCUGCCGGCACUGGCAACUUCUCACUCCCAUUGGAAGCAAGUCAUGCAAGUCUUUCCUCAUAAGGGUCUGCCUAGUGCUUCCAUAGGGGUGGCCCAUCCUAUGUGGAUAGAUUUGCCCAGGUGGGGGUGGGUUGGCUCUUCCUGAGAUUUCCUUUCUUUUCUAGUCCCUGUUCUGCUGUUCCCGACUGACUCUUGCCUGUCCCCAGGUAGUGAUGUCCUAGUCCUGGACAGGACUACUGGGACUCAGUCCCAGGCCCAGCCCCCAGGAAGACUCUCUAGGCUCCAUCUUCCCGAUGCUUGUCUCCCGGAAAGAUGUGUAAGGAGGCUUGGGGAGCUCUCCUCAGCCCCAGGUUACUUUACUCAGAGCCAACCGUGAAAUUCCCCCAUGUCUUUUCUUGAGCCAUGUACUCAAACACCUAUUCUCUAAGCAGCUCCCCCAUCCAGGCCCAGACCUCUUUCCCCUAUAAAUAGUUUCCUUCAAUGUGACUCCUUGGCUGUCCCCUGCCCCAGCUCUAUCCCUAGGAAUGGCUACUCCCACCCUGCCCCUUCCCAGAAUAGGGGCCUUCUUUUCUGUGCCAUGUGGGCACUUAGCUGUUGUUUUUGUUUUUGUUUUCCUUUCUUUUCCUUCUAGGGAGUUGAUGUGCCCUGAGGCACCUGCCCCUUUGUCCCAAAGCAGCAGAAUUUAUACUUUAAUUAAUUGGGGUUGAGGAUGGGGGAGUAAGGGAUAAGAAAGGCACUGGUACUCAGAAAUGCCCUUUCUCCAGCCAGGAGCGGACUCUCUACCCCAAUCAGGGCCAGCAUGGAGCUGGAGUGCCACAGACUUUCCUCCAGGGGCCCCUGGCACCAUGCCUAGCUAGGCUGCUUCUCUCUCUGUUUGCCAUGGUGCUGUGCCUGUGUUGUACCUGUGCAUUAGUCAGACUGUGGCUUCUCCUAUAAACACCUUGCCCAGGCCUUUUCUUUUCACCUGGAGGAAUCUGCCAUAGUCUAUCAGGGCCCAUUGGAUUUUGCCAGAGCAGGUCUCAGUUGGGCACGGUGUCCCUUUUCCCCUGAGAUUACUUGAGACUCUCAGGGAAAACAUGCCAGGGUUGGGGCUUCCCACUGAUUUCACAUAGUAGUUAAUUAAAUGUGAUCACAGGUCAGAGGGUGGCCUCCCAGGAAGGGGUCUGACAGAAGGUGAAUCCCUUCUUGAGACUGGUAGUUGAGGGGAGGUCAGAGCUUAAGUCAGGCAAGAUAAGGAGGUGACAGCAAUUUUCAGAGAUAAGGGGGCCAAAGGAAUAGCAGAUACUUUUCUGAUUACAAGACAACUGUACCCCCAGAUGGAAGGGUGAGUGGUUAAAGGACCCCCUGGGAUGGGGCUGAAGGUAGUAGCUGUUAUGAAUGGGUUGGGCUCUGAGAUGCUUGGAGGAGGAGAGGACACAGACACUUUUGGCCCUUCCUGAUCCCUCUGCUUACUACAAUGCCAGCAAGAGGUCCUUCCCCUCUGCCCCAGUCCAUGUGUCUGACCUUUGCUGAUGGCCUGCCUGUGCUGUGCUUACAAUGUGCAUCAAUAAACCACUACCACCAGAGCCCCCACCUACUCCUUCCUUGGGGCAGGGUUGGGGACUGGGGUUCAUAUGCAUUUCCUAUCUAAAAUGGAAAGUUGGAAGUACUCUCAGGAUCACUAGAUUUAUUCAGGAAAGGGAUCUCAGGAAUCCUGUUCCAAAGACAAAAGGAAGUAGGAUUGAGGAACACUGUGUUGUAAUCCCCCCUUCUUGGAAAAAGGGGUUAGCAUGCUUCUCCAGGAAUCAGAAAGCUGGUAAAGAUCAUCAAUCUAGUCUAGUGCCUUAAUUUUGGGGACAGGGAAACCAAGGCAUAGAGCAGAGUAACUGGCGUGUUUUAAGAUCCUGCAGCUAGAUACCAGUAGACCUGUGACCAGUCUCCUAAUCUGUUCUUUCCAGGAGACUUUGCUGCCUAAAUUCGGAACCUGGAUAUCCCUCCCCCUACCCAGGCUCUAAAAGGUUGCUGUUCUGAGUCACCUCUUCAUCAGUUAUAAUUAUGAAAAUGGCCCCUCUGCCUUGAGCAGAAAAGAUCCAGAAAAAGCCAAGCAGCCCUCUGGUUCUUUGUGUGCUUCCCUCAAGAACCGCUAAGGUAGCUAAUGAGCAUCCUUGCUGAACAGAAGGGAGGACAGUCGGAAGGCUGAGGGAAAGGCGGCUUCCAGGAAAAAGUCCUGAUGUCAGAAUGUCAGAGGGGACUGUUAGCCCAGGACUGGGGCUGUCCAGUGGCAGGUCUCAGGUUAGGGGCAGCUAGUUGGCGCAUUGGACAGAGUGCUGGACCUCGAGUUGUGAAGAUGAAUUCAAAUCUGGCCUCAGACUUCCUGGCUGAACGACUCUUGGUAAGUCCCAACUUUCAUCUGCUUCAGUUUCCUCAUUUGUAAAAUAGGGAUGAUUUCCAAACAUUGAAAGUGCUACUGAAGUGGUAAUUGUGAUUAAAGACAGGACCUCAUCCAGCCCUUCUCUGGGGCUCUGAGUGACAUUCUCUGGGGCUCUCCUACUUUCCUGCCCCAGCUUCGCAACAUGGGAAUUCCACUCUAGUUUAGCACCAGGGGGAGCUGUGGAGUCAUAAAACACUGCCGUGCCCAAAACGGGGGAAAAGAGGGUAAAAAAGAUUAAAUGAGAAGGGUGGGUGGGGCAGAGAGUUCAGAAGGCCUAGGAUUACAAGGGAUGGCAAAAGGUCACCAAGGUUAACCUCCUUCGAGUAGGCCUGCACGAAACUUUCUGAGUCAAAUGAGAAUCUUGCCCUUUUUUUUUUUUUUUUUAUGUGUUUAUUUCUUUAAGAUCUAAAAGGAACAAAUUCCACCGCUUCCCCUGGUAACCCUAGGAAUAAUUUAUUGGGAAAUUCUUGGCUCACUGUUGGAUCUUCCAGGUCUUCCUCAUCUCCUGGGAAAAAAAGAUUAUCUCUUGGAGUUUUGGUAUUCUAUCUCCCAUACUCACUCUAUUGAGGGUGAGAGUAGGGAAGGAAAGGGAUGAGGUGGAAGAGCAAAGGAGCUUGAGAGAUGGUUUACCCUUUUCAAUUCUAAUUGGGGGACUUCUUUCUGUGCUCUUGAGCAGCCAUCAUCAUCAACUGGGCAGAAGUAAGAAUUUGCUGCAAGGGUCUUUCCCAGCCCAGUUCCAGAAGCUCAUUUUUCCUCUGGUCUGACUCAAUAGGUAGACUGACACAUUAACUGUGUUUGUAAAGGCACACACAAUACUGUUAGUCUUUUAGCUAAGAGGAAGGAAGACAACUGGAGAAUCUCACGUCCUCCAACUGUCUCUCCCCUUCCCCAGUAGGGCUGAAGCGCUUACCUUAUCUCCCUGGGUAGGGCAGGCAACGGGGAUGAGAGCAGCAGAAAAGAAUCUCGGGGGAGGGGUCCAGAUGGAAUAUUUAUGUCCAUAAAGCUAAACUCUCAGGCAUUCAUAAAGCAACCUAUAUUUUGUACACAUUCCUAAAAACUCACAUGUACACUUCUGAUGAUACUUGGUAUAUUCCUCUAUCCAAUAUGGACACGGACAGGGACAAGCUCAUUUAUACAUUCACACUUUCCCUCUAUUGUCUGCCUAUCCCACUAGCCUCUGGGUUGGAGCCCCUCCUAUUGAGCCUUCUUCCUUUUCCAAGGUGUGGAACCUAAUUUUUCCUUGCUGCAGCUUAGCAGACAAGCCCACACAGUGGGCUGCUGUAAGGCUGCCUGCCACAAGGCCCCUGUCACGUACUCUUUCAGUCUCUGCAGAGACCACCACAGGGGACCAGACACCAUCCCCUGAGGUAGGGGGCCCUCAGGAAGCCAAGUUGAGGCCUCUAAAGGCAACUGGCCAUAAAAAAGCUACACCACUACAUCUGGAAUAUAUUAGAACCAGAUGUGAUAGGGGAAAAGAGGUGGGGGUGGAGAGAGGUGGUGAUGAAGCAAGAGAAACAGCAGCCCUCCCUGGAUCAGGCAACCACGAGGAGGGAAGGGGCAAGAGAUCCCUAAUAUUUAUUUAGGAGAAUGGUGGCUUGAGUUCAAGUUAACCCCUUCUUUCACUCCCUCUAGGCUCUAGAAUUUUUCUACCUGGAACAAAUGCUGUGAUAUGCCACCAUGGUGGAAUAGGCAGUCAAUACAUCAUGUGAUUGAUUUAAAGGAUGCCUGUGCCCCAAGUAUGUUAUCCACCCUCGCUUUGACUUCUUAUGUGCUGCCAUUAGUAAUUCACUGCUUUGAGUUAAACAUUGCCUACUCCUUAGAUUGUAUUUUGAGGUCUACAUGCUUCUGGAUGGGGUAAUGCCUUUGUGGGGAUUAGUUUAUCUGUAGCUUUCUUUUAAGAUUGUAGUGGGAUCUACUGUUCUGUAGACUCUGGGAUAAAGGAAAUAACAGGAGAUUAUAGAAAAGGAUUAACAAAAAAAAAAAAAAAAAAGAAAUCAGCAAU